CGCUGCCUUCGUGCCUGUUUAUUCAUUCUCAGUACAAAGCUCGCGGCGCAACUAGUUUCAACAGUGCAAACAUCAAUCCUCUAAAGAUCUGUUUUUUAUCUGAGAUUAGUCGCUUGGCCAGUUGGAAGCUUCGCUCAUAAGUCAUUUAUUUUGAGUCUCAGGAGUGGUAUCUCAAAGGCAAAAAGACAGAAAAAGGGCCACCGACUGGCUUUCAACUUCUCUCCUUCAACACACCGCAACCAUGUCGACCCUUUUUGGCGGUGCCUCGGCCGCAGCGACGACAAGCAACACUGUUGGCGAUCUCAAGCAAGACGUCGCGCUCUCCGACCCCCCUACCGAUACCAUCUCCGACCUUUCCUUCUCCCCUGCGCCAAACGGACCUGACUUCCUCGCCAUUUCCAGUUGGGAUAACAAAGUCCGCAUUUACGAGAUUGCCGCCAAUGGCCAGAGUCAGGGCCGACACGCCUACGAACACAGCCAACCUGUGUUGAACUGCGACUUCUCCAAGGAUGGAACAAAAGUCGCCUCUGCCGGCGCCGACAAGAACGUCAAGGUCUGCGAUCUUGCCUCCCAGCAGGACGUCGUUAUCGGCACACACGACCAGCCAGUGCGAACAUGUCGAUUCUUCCUGAACGAUGGUAACCCCAUGGUGGUUUCGGGCUCGUGGGAUAAGACGAUCAAGUACUGGGAUCUUAGACAACAGGGACCUGCGGCAACCGUACAAUGCCAGGAGCGAGUUUAUACGAUGGACGUCCGCGAUAAUCUCUGCGUUGUCGGCACCGCCGAUCGAUACAUCAAUGUUAUUGAUCUCAAGAACCCUACCAAAUUCUACAAAACCCUGCAGAGCCCUCUCAAGUGGCAGACCAGGGUGGUUAGCUGCUUUACGGACUCUGCUGGUUUUGCUAUCGGUAGUAUCGAGGGUCGUUGCGCUAUCCAAUACGUCGAAGACAAGGACUCCAGCUCCAACUUCUCUUUCAAGUGUCAUCGCGACCCCCCAGCCAACAGCGUCACCAAUGUCUACGCCGUCAACGAUAUUUCUUUCCACCCCGUCCAUGGCACAUUCAGCACUGCUGGUUCCGAUGGAACAUUCCACUUCUGGGACAAGGACGCCAAGCACCGUCUCAAGGGCUACCCUAACGUUGGUGGCAGCAUCACUUCCACAACCUUCAACAAGAACGGUUCCAUCUUCGCCUAUGCUGUAGGCUACGACUGGGCCAAGGGCUACCAGCACAACACUCAGAACUACCCUAUCAAGGUGAUGCUGCACCCUGUCAACCAGGACGAGUGCAAGCCCAGACCAUCGCUCAAGAAGCGAUAAAGAAUCACACGAAUAUCAAGAGGACGGGCUAUAGGGAAGGGAAUGGAUUUCGUUGGUCGAUUAAUAGUUAGUUGCGUUCUUGCGAUUAUGUACUGUACCACAAUUGGUGAAGACUCAAAGAUUGAUAGGAAAGGGCCGAAAAGGAUGGAACGUUGAGUUUGGACCAAAAAGAGCAAGGCAAUGCAGGUGGUGGUGUUUUACGAGAGAUGAUACCAUAGAUGCAAUAAAACAUCAACACAAACCUGGCAUAGUAUCCAAUGGCAUUC